AUGUCCACAAUAAUUGUUGAAUCUAAGGACAUCACAAAACUCAAUGUGACGGAGUUGAUGGGUUUGUUGCUUGCCCAUGAGCAUAAAUUUACAAAGGAUGAUUUAGGGAAAUCCCCACCCUCGGAGAUUGCUUUUCUGUCAAAAUCUCAUCAAAAAUUUCUAUUCAACAAAGAUUGCUAUCACAAGGGGAAACCAAAGUGCAGCCAUUGCAAAAAACUAGGCCUUUUCGAGAAGGAUUGUUCGCACAAACAGAAGCAACAAUUGUCAAACACAAAUGCUCGUGCUUCCAAUGAAUCAGAAUACUAUUUGUUUCAUGCACGUCAACCGAUGAGUGCCUGUAGUAGCAAGGAAAGAUGGUUUAUUGAUAAUGGGUGCACAUCCCACAUGACAAAAAGCUUAUUUUGCAAGCUUGACUCUUUCAUAAAAGUUCCAGUUCAUAUAGGGAAUGGUGCUGUUGUACAGUCCACCGGAAAAGGCACAAUUGGUGUUCAAACCAAGAAAGGUACGAAGUACAUCAAUGAUGUCCUCCUUGUUCUAGAUUUUAAUGAGAGUUUGCUUAGUGUUUCUCAUAUGGUCAACAAUGGUUAUUCACUUGUCUUUGAGAAUAACCAUUGCACUAUCACUAACUCCAAUAAGAAAGAGAUUGUAAAAGUUCCGAUGGAAAAUAAAAGCUUUCUCUUAAAGUGGGAUUAUCCAAGUGAGAAUGUGAAUGUUGCAAACUCAAGCGACACAUAG